AGAUGUGGUGGCACUUGUUCCUGUUAGCACUUAUACCUUAUUCAUUAUGUCACACAAGACAACGAUCUCACUACGUUGGAUCUCGCCCAGCCUUCAGAAGGGAUUUAGUUGAGUGGAAUCCUUGGCAAGCCUAUGAUGCCCAAUAUUUUAAUUUAGCGAAAUCGAGGAGGCCGCAUUAUGGGGCUGAUCUCCUUCCCCUGCGGUCUGCCGUAGAAAAAAAACCGCCGCCCAGUGAAAGAGGUCCAAAUGAUAACUUUCUACGGGAUGCAGUCGAAAAAGUACCUCACCCACCGAUUGACCGAUACUCCGGGUCUUUUUCGGAUAUUCCGUCAGAUGCAUAUCUAUCAAAACAAACAAUUGAAAGUGACCCAUACCGAGUGGUCUGCUACUUUACCAACUGGUCAGGCUACAGGAAAAGCGAGGGAAAAUAUGUUCCCGAAAACUUAGAUCCAAGUCUCUGCACUCAUGUUGUUUUUGCAUUUGCAUCGCUGGACCCCAAUGAUCUCAAAAUUGUCCCUGGGGAUCCAAUUGCAGAUGUUGAUAACCAUCUCUUCGAGCGCAUCACAUCUUUUUCUCAAACAUCACCAAACCUGAAGAUUCUCCUUGCUCUUGGUGGAUGGACUGAUUCCACGGGUGAUAAAUAUUCUAAACUAGUCAGUAAUCCAGAAGCUCGCCGUAAUUUUGUUUCAUCAACCGUUGAAUUCCUUAAAAAAUACAAUUUUCAUGGUUUACAUUUGGACUGGAACUAUCCUGUAUGUUGGCAAGCUGACUGCACGUCAGGUCCCUUAUCAGAUAGAACAAAUUUUGUACAGCUUAUUCAGGAACUUAGAACAGAUUUUGAAAAACAGCAGCCACCAUUGAGUCUAGCUAUUGCUGUAUCAGGCUACAAGGAAAUAAUCAAAGCUGGAUAUGAUUUCCGAGCUUUAAAUGAAGCGGUCGACUUUUUUUCGAUCAUGUCCUUCGACUACCAUGGAGCAUGGGAAGCUGUUACCGGCCACGUCAGUCCUCUAAGCUACAGACAAGGAGACCGAUUUUCUCUGUACAAUGUGGAGGCAACAACGGCACUUCUCAUCGAAAAUGGAAUGGCUCCUGGCAAACUUGUUCUUGGGGUCCCAUUCUACGGCCAAAGUUUCACUCUUGAGUCCCCUGAUUACCAUGGAAUAAAUUGUUCCGCCACAGGUGCAGGUCUGCCUGGUGAAUUCACUCAACAGCCAGGAAUGCUUUCUUACUAUGAAAUUUGCUACCGAGUGCAGAAACGCCAAUGGGCAGUCGAACGUGAUGGAACUGAUACGUAUGCCUAUGCUGGUGAUCAAUGGGUUAGCUUUGAUGAUCCUGCAGCAGUACAAGUGAAGGCCGAUUUUGUAACUAAAUUUGGCUUGGGCGGAAUCAUGGCUUGGACUGUAGACUUGGAUGAUUUUUCUAAUCGCUGCUGCAGUGAGACGUAUCCUUUAUUAAAGAGCAUAAAUCGUGCAUUUGGUCGAUUGAAGGCACCACUAAUCCCCUCUUGCAGUAGACCUCCUCCUCCUGUCACCCCACCACCAGCCAUCACGACUGUUACACCAGAUGAAGGUCUUGGUUCCUCAACGACAGAGCAUCACCAUCAUCCAUCUCCUCCAGAUCCCUGGUGGACCACCACAGAAGUAGCAACCACCACGACAACAAAGCCAGUGACCUGGUGGACGCAGCCCACAACGCAGAAACCCACCACCACAACGCAACAAAUCUGGUGGAAACCAGAAUCUACCACAACUACAACAACACAGAAACCAUCUACAACCACCGAGUUUGUCUGGUGGCGACCAGAUCCCACAACAUCAACAACAACAACCUCCCCCUCCACCACCACCACUACCACUACUUUAACAACCACUACACAAAAAUCGACAACCACUGAACCAGUGUGGUGGAAACCGGAUUCAACCACCGGAUCAACAUCUACAACAGAGUUUUCAUGGUGGCCUCCAAGACCUCCGUCCCCCACAGUAACCAACAAACCAACUACUAGUCAACCAACAACGGUUCAGCAACCAACCUACAGACCAACAACCACUCAGCAACCAACCUACAGACCGACAACCACUCAGCAACCAACUUACAAACCAACCUCUCCUAAACCAACUCCUCCCUCUGAACCGGUCACUGCUUGCACACCGGGUCAAUUCUACGCUGACCCUAUCGACUGCAAUAGUUAUUACCACUGUGUGCGUGGUGGUCUGAAGAAACUGCGCUGUCCAUCUAGUCUUCAUUGGAAUGAUGCUCAGAAGACCUGUGAUUGGCCAGCUAACGCCAAUUGUCAAGCCGGUUUGGUUGAAAGUAUUCCAGCGCCAGCGCCUGUUGUACCUGAGCGCCCAGUUGAACUUGCACCCCCUGCUCCCCCAGCUCCUCCUCAAUACACUGAAGCGCCACCACAAAGACCCACCGAACCUCCUUACUCCCCACCGGCGCCCCCUAGUUCUGGCUGCACCUCUGAUGGUUACUAUUCACACCCUGAAGAUUGCAAUAGCUUUUACAUCUGCGCAAGUGGCAAAUUGAUGCACCAUCGAUGUCCAAGUGGUUUAGCGUGGAACAGUGAAAAGAAAGUUUGCGAUUGGAGUUAUAACGUCAAAUGUUUGCAGAGAACUCCAUAUGUUGCUAAGCCUUACUCAUUGAAUCCCAGCGCUAAUCCAACAUAUUUUAUCAAUUACCUCGGCCGCUAUGGUGCAUGCACUGAAAAUUUUGCUCCACAUCCCACCGAUUGUAACAAAUACCUUGUGUGUCUGUGGGGUCAGUACCAAGAACAAAGUUGCCCAGCAGGCUUGCAUUGGAAUUAUAGAACGAAAAACUGCGACUGGCCAUACCUCAAUGUGUGCGCAACGGGUGGAAACGAAAUUAUCUCCAGCACUUACUAUCCUACCACCAGCUAUCCCACAACCCCAUCAACCACUCAAUGGACAUGGACUGAAGGGACAACCUCCAAACCUCCAUCGACAACAAAGCCACCCUGGGAGUGGAAGCCAGAAACUACAACCGAGGGAUGGAAACCCCCCUCGACAACAAAGCCACCCUGGGAGUGGAAGCCAGAAACUACAACCGAGGGAUGGAAACCCCCGUCCACAGCUGUUACAACUACCAAACCAUCUACCACCACCGAGUGGCAAUGGAAGCCAGAACAAACCACAUCCUGGGUUUGGAGGCCAGCUACUCCUGCGUGGACAGAAGCCCCAGAUCUAGCCCCAGCUCUAUCAGGUUACUUCAAAGUGGUUUGUUACUUCACCAAUUGGGCCUGGUACCGACAAGGUUACGGGAAAUAUCUUCCAGAGGACAUCAAUUACAAACUUUGCACACAUAUUGUUUACGGGUUCGCUGUUUUGGAUGGUGAAAACUACAUCAUUAAACCUCAUGAUUCCUGGGCUGAUGAAGAAAAUCAAUUCUACGAACGUGUGACAAAAGCUAAAAAGCACGGAACCAAAGUAACAAUCGCCAUCGGAGGAUGGAAUGACUCAGCCGGUGACAAGUACAGUAGGCUUGUUAAUAAUCCAAGUGCAAGAAGAAGAUUCAUUUCUCAUGUUGUAGACUUCAUUUUGAAGCAUAACUUUGAUGGAUUGGAUCUAGACUGGGAGUAUCCAAAAUGUUGGCAGGUGGAUUGCAACAAAGGGCCAAGUUCAGAUAAAGAAAACUUUGCUGCGUUUGUUCGUGAAUUGAGGCAAGCUUUUGCUCCUAAAGGUCUUCUUCUCUCAGCUGCCGUUUCGCCAAGCAAGAAAGUUAUUGAUGAAGGUUACGAUGUACGGGCUCUUGCUGAAAACUUGGAUUGGUUAGCUGUCAUGUCUUAUGAUUACCAUGGCCAAUGGGACAAAAAAACCGGCCACAAUUCUCCCUUCUAUUAUCACCCUGAGGAUGAUUACGCUGACUUUAACACUGAUUACUCCAUCAAUUACUGGAUCAAGCAAGGAAUGCCACGCAGGAAGAUUGUGAUGGGUAUGCCAUUCUAUGGUCAAUCAUUCACUUUGGCAGAUCCAAACAAACAUGGCCUCAAUGCCCCAGCAACUGGACCGGGUGAAGCUGGUGAACAGACACGUGCAGCUGGUUUCUUGGCCUAUUAUGAAAUUUGUCAACAUUUGAAAUCAGGCCAGUGGAAUGAAGUGAUAGAUCCUGAGCGACGCAUUGGUCCUUAUAUUUACAAAGGAAAUCAAUGGAUAGGCUUUGAUGAUGCCACACAAAUUAAACGUAAAUCGCAAUACAUCAGGGAAAUGAAUCUUGGUGGUGCUAUGAUUUGGGCUUUGGAUUUAGAUGACUUUAAGAACCGUUGCGGUGAAGGUCGUCACCCUCUCCUCACAACUAUUGCCAAAGUUUUGGCCCCUCCACCAGGUUCCGGUGGGGAUGUUGACUACGUAACACCAAGUUACGAAUCUACAACUACCACAAGACCAACGACCCUGAAACCAAUCACCACAACUACUACCAAGAAACCUAAACCUACCUACAAACCUCCUGAUUACGAGAUACCGACGAGGCCAGAUUAUGAAAAUCCAUACAGACCAACAACAACUAAGCCCACAACCACGCGACCCCCAUAUGAGAUAACGACCUCAUUGAAACCAACAACUACCACAUCUUAUUACCCACCUGCUCUUAAGAGUGAAUUUAAGGUCAUUUGUUACUUCACCAACUGGGCAUGGUACAGGCAGGGACCCGGAAAAUACUUGCCCAGUGAUAUUGAUUCAGAUUUGUGCACGCAUAUCAUCUAUGGUUUUGCUGUCCUUGACAGUGACCAGUUAGUAAUAAAACCUCAUGAUACCUGGGCCGAUUACGAUAACAAAUUUUACGAAAAAGUAACAGCCCUGAAAAAAGCUGGAGUCAAAGUGCUACUUGCUAUUGGAGGAUGGAAUGAUUCCGCCGGAGAUAAAUACAGUCGACUGGUGAACAAUGCCGGUGCUCGAACAAGAUUCGUGGAGCAUGUCUUCAAUUUCCUCAAAACUAACAACUUCGAUGGUCUUGAUUUAGAUUGGGAAUAUCCGAAAUGUUGGCAGGUGAACUGCCAACAAGGACCACCCUCAGACAAAGAAGGAUUUUCAGCACUAAUUCAGGAGUUAAGCGCAAAAUUCAAACCUGAGGGAUUCCUACUCAGUGCGGCAGUCUCUCCCAGCAAAACUGUCAUUGAUAAUGGAUAUGAUGUUCCAGUGAUGUCUGAAAAAUUGGACUGGAUCUCUGUCAUGACCUACGAUUACCAUGGUCAGUGGGAUAAACAAACUGGUCAUGUUGCCCCCAUGUACGCUCAUCCUGAAGACGAGGAUGUAACUUUCAACGCAAAUUGGACAAUGCACUACUGGGUGAAAAAAGGAGCAGCCCGAGAAAAGUUGGUGUUGGGAAUGCCUAUGUAUGGGCAGUCAUUCAGUUUAGCCGACAGGACACAAAAUGGGCUGAACUCUCCAACAUAUGGAGGUGGAGAGGCAGGAGAAGAAACUCGCGCAAGAGGUUUCCUGUCUUAUUAUGAGAUUUGUCAAAGGAUUAAAAAUGGAUGGAAGGUGAUAAGAGAUGAAUAUGGUGCAAUGGGUCCAUAUGCUAUUUAUGGCGAUCAAUGGGUGUCUUUUGAUGAUCAAGCAAUGAUCAGACAUAAGUCAGAAUUUGUUUACCACAACAAACUUGGAGGAGCUAUGAUUUGGGCACUUGAUCUGGAUGAUUUCCGCAAUCUGUGUGGAUGUGAAAAGUAUCCAUUACUACGCACCAUCAACCGAGUGCUGAGAAACUAUCCAGGCCCCGGGCCAAAUUGUAAACUUGAUGCAGCAGCCGCAAGUCUUCGAAUGAACCCUAAUUUCUUCUCAAACCUCUAUAAUCCUGUUGUUCCCACCACUGCCCUGUCACAAAUUCAAUGUGCAUCAGCUGUCAAGCAUUUCUCUGACUGCAGUAAAUACUACGAAUGCAAGUUUGGACGAUUAUGGGAGGCGACCUGUCCGAAAGGAUACUAUUUCAAUGAGAGAAGUCUAAUUUGUGAUAAAGCAGAGCGGACAACUUGUUCCACUAAUCUCAGUGCUGAUUACGCAACUGAUGAUCAGCGCAAAGUUAUUUGUUACUUCACAAAUUGGGCAUGGUACCGCAAAGGAACUGGAAAAUAUCUACCUCAAGAUAUUGACCCAGAAUUGUGUUCUCAUAUUAUCUAUGGUUUUGCAAGCUUAGACCCAAAUACUCUGACAAUUAGAGCUCAAAAUAAGUGGGCUGACAUCAAUAAUGAGUUCUACUCCAAAGUAACUGCUCAAAAAGAGAAGAAUGUCAAAGUUUUACUGGCAUUAGGUGGUUGGAAUGAUUCCAAAGAUGACAAAUACAGCCGCCUUGUCAGCAGCCCUGCAGCAAGAGAGCAAUUCAUCCACCAUGCUCUUCGAUAUUUAGUGAAAUAUAAUUUCGAUGGGUUGAGCUUGGAUUGGGCGUACCCAACUUGUCCACAGAGUGACUGCAGCAAAGGCCGUGCUGUUGAUAAGGAAGGUUUCUCUGCAUUUAUUCAAGAGUUGAGCACAGUAUUCAAACCUUACGGCCUUUUACUUUCAGCUGCUGUUUCACCAAGCAAAGUUGUUAUUGACAAAGCAUAUGAUGUACCAGCCUUAUCGGAGUAUCUCGAUUUUGUUUCUUUAAUGGCCUUUGAUUACCAUGGUCCUUGGGAUGGACGAACCGGACAUAUAGCCCCUCUAUAUCAUCUUAAGUCUGACACCUAUGAUCAUCUGAACAUUGAUUUUGGUGUCAAGUAUUGGUUAUCACAUGGAAUGCAGAAAGAAAAACUUAUUCUAGGAAUGCCAUUGUAUGGGGAAAGUUUCACUCUUGUCAAUGGGACAGACUAUACCUAUGGUGCCAAAGUUGUCGGGCCUGGCAAACCUGGUGAAUUCACGCAAGUUGGAGGGUUUUUAGCUUACUACGAGAUAUGUAAUCUUGCCAACAAUGGAGGAUGGAAUGUUGAGAAGAAUUUCCAAGGUAUCCCAGGUUCUAUGAUGCAUUUAGAGGAUCAGUGGGUCAGCUUUGAUGAUGUCUCUGACAUCCGCAGAAAGAGUACCUACAUUAAAGAAAAUCAGCUUGGAGGAGGAAUGGUUUGGGCACUUGAUUUAGACGACUUUUCCGGACUUUGUGGCUGCGGUCCUAACCCUCUUCUCACAACCGUCAAUCAAGAACUACGAAAUUACAAGAAACGGGCCACAAUGGAAGACUGCACUUAAAAUGACUUUAGGCUUUUUGCAAUUCUUGACUGAUAAAGCAUAAGAUCAAAAAUAAAAAAGUAGAUAUCACA